AUGGCAACAAAAACUGAAACGAAGGGCAAAGGCUUCCAACCGGACUCCGCUGUCGACAUCACGUUCGAGGAUCAACAGAGAAUAAACAAAUUCGCAAAUUUCAAUGCAAAACUCGAGGAUCUGCGGGAAGAGGUGAAAGCCAAACAGAACAAAUUGAAAAAUCUCGAAGAAGCGGUCGAAGAAAUUGAGCUUUUUGACGACGACACGCAAAUUCCCUUCCUCAGUGGCGAGGUUUUUGUGUCGCACAACUUGUCGCGAACGCAAGAACUCUUGGCCGAAACGAAGGAAACGUACUUGAAGGAGAUCCAAGAAGCCGAGGCCAAAUGCAAGGAAAUCCAAGAGAACAUGAACGAACUGAAGCAACACUUGUACAGUCGUUUCGGAAAUCACAUUUACUUGGAAAAUGAUCAAGAUUAAAAAGUUCACGAUUAAUCAUAAAAAAUUCUCAAAUAAAAAUUAAUUUUGCAUUUAUUUUUUUUCCUUAA